UAAAUGUUUUAUGGGCGUGGCUCAGGUGGAAUUAAGCAACGAGGGUUUACAAUCUUUUCUUAUUAUCUUCUCUUACUCUCGAUCUAAUGUCCGUUCCUCCUCGAGUCCCCACACUCCAGUACACCCUCUCUCACGUCGCCCCUGACAAAGCAGCUGAGAUACGCUCAGCAGUGACCGGGGCACUGGUAUACUGUAGCCAGACUGGACUCUACUCCUUCGAGCACAGGGUAGAGACAACCUUCGUGCUACCAUGGGACCUGAAUCCACAAGUACAGCCACAGAGACUGAGCAAGGAGGUUCGUGAGGGCAUAAGGUUAGAGCUAUUGGAUCCAGACACCCUCUUACACUUGGAGGGCUGUGGGGGCAUUAAUUGGAGUAACAUGUCAUCGUGGCAGUCGAGGCCGGCCCAAGGGGGUACCUGGGAGUACAUUAAUGAUGUCAUUUGUGGUCACAUUGAGGCUGGUUACAUUAGACCCCACAAUGAGUAUUCCUUUGCGAUGCAUAACAAUGUACAUAUUCAACAGUUCCAAGUCAACUAUAUCAAUGGCUCAUUGGCUAAUGUCAAUACGCAGGAGUUGUAUCAAAUCAGACGAUUGGCCUUUGCUCCAUUAAUGCCAAUGAAAACUGAGGCUGGUUCUAGUUCAUUGUUUCAUGCUGCCUCUUUAGGAUUAUGGGGUGUACAUGACAGGAAUCAGCUACUAAAGGAAGCUGUAACAUGCACUCUUACUAACCAGCAGGCGCAGAUUAAUCUAUACGAUAGAUGGAACACUGUCAGGUCUCGGUCUUUACCAUCUGGCUCUCAUAAAUCAGUGGGUAUUCAGUUUGCUCAGUGGGAGGCGGCUAAAGACAAUAUCGUCGGAGCUCCACAGCUUCACAUAUUCACUCUCUCAAAUAUCAUCCAGAGACCAAUAAUAGUCUAUUCACACCCUGAGAGUGAAGUGGGUGGAAUAUAUCUACCUUUACUGUGGGAGGGACAGGGUCAGGUGUUCCCGUGUGACUCUCAUCCUCACCUACGGAAUCCUCUUGUACUAGGAUAUGAUUACACUAGAAAUCAGUUUGUGCCUUUAGUCACUUUCAAAGGAUCGAAGGGCCCUGAUCCAAUCUUACUUCCACUUACAUUUAGUAAUGGGAAGAGUCUACCAGUACAAUAUUUAUCAGAGUCACAGGUUGGCAGUCCUACUGAGCUGCUUCAGAAGCUGAUGUUUGUUGAUGUUAUCUCUCAUAGUUUCACAUCUCACAUACUCUCACAGCAUCACAUGCCUUACGUACCAGGUGUAAUAUCUGGCAAAGCAGUGACUCCACCCUCUCCCACUCACCCGCCCACCCUCGCCUGCGUACUUAACAUUGCAGAACUCCCUCAAGUGAUGGAUCAGCUCAUCAAACGAUUCCAGAGUGUAUUUUUGUAGAAAUUAUUAUUAUUUUUAGACACAAUAAAUAUUAAAAAUAAUUUUUGAAUCCCAACACUUCUCUACCACAAUUCAGCACUGCUA